AUGGAUGAUUUUCAGGGAAACAAAAAACAGGAAGUAGAAGAUAAUUUAGACUGGAAAAAUGGAGUAGAAUCCAUGAAUGAGGAUCAACGAAGGGUCUUCGAUUCAGUUUUCCAAUUAGUCAAGGAUGGUAACAAAAUAUGCAGAAAGUUCGUUACUGGCGAAGCUGGCACGGGAAAAAGUUAUGUCAUAAAAUGUUUAGUUCACGCUAUUCGUCAGGAACUCAAAAAAGAUGUCGCCAUUUUGGUCCCAACGGGCAUAGCUGCUUUUAAUGUAGGAGGUUUAGCCAUGCACCGAUUGUUGCAACUACCCGUUGAACAUAAAAGAGGCACGCAUAAAUACUCUCCACUUUCUGAUACAGCGCUAGACGCAAUUAGAAAAGCCCUUAAAAAUAAAGUUUUGGUGAUUGUCGAUGAAAUAUCUAUGGUCUCAAAUGUCAAUUUGUUGUACAUGCACUUGAGAUUAGUUGAAAUAUUCAAUACAUUUGAUGACGAAGAUGGCUGGUUCGGAAAAAUGCAUUUGUUAGUUUUUGGCGAUUUACUGCAACUGCCACCUGUCAGUGAUGGUCCCGUUUUCGUGCCUGUUCCAACCGAAACUUUAAAUAAAUGUGUAUAG